CUUCACAAUGUUCGCAAACUAGAGACGAAGAAGAAGCAGCAGCAGAAGGGAGAAAAAAAACACAAAAAUGAUAGCAAGCUAACUUGUAAGGGAAAGAGGGAAGCAGGUUCUUUUUAAAGUUUUUGGUUAAACAAUGUACAUGUCGGCAUGGGACAGGCCCUGUGUAUAUGCUCCCGUGGCUCCAUCACCAUUGAUAACAAAAAGUACUACUUUGUCCAGAAAUUGGAUGAAGGUGGGUUCAGCUAUGUUGAUCUGGUUGAGGGGGCAAAGGACGGACAGUUCUACGCUCUGAAGAGGAUCUUAUGUCAUGAUCGCCAGGCUCGCCAGGAGGCUCAGACGGAGGUGGAAAUGCAUCAGACGUUUAAUCAUCCCAACAUCUUGAGCCUGGUUGCAUAUGCCUUCUCUGACAGCGGAGGCAAGACAGAAGCCUGGCUACUUCUGCCUUACGUUAGAAAAGGAACCCUGUGGUCUGUCUUAGAGAAGCUGAGAGACAAAGGGAGCUCAAUGCCUGAAAACCAGAUUUUGAAAAUCUUCCGCGGAAUCUGCUCUGGUUUGAAGACCAUUCACGACAAAGGCUAUGCCCACAGGGAUCUGAAACCCACAAAUGUUCUCUUGGAUGAGGAAGACAGGCCAGUUCUAAUGGAUCUGGGCUCAAUGAACCGGGCAAGAAUUGAGGUCAGGGGAUCCAGAGAAGCCAUGACUGUACAGGACUGGGCGGCCCAAAGAUGUACCAUUUCCUACAGAGCUCCUGAGCUCUUUAACGUAGAAAGUCACUGCAUUAUAGAUGAGCGAACUGAUAUUUGGUCGCUGGGCUGCGUGCUGUACUGCAUGAUGAUGCUGGAGGGCCCUUAUGAUCUGAUCUUUCAGAAGGGGGAUAGUGUUGCUCUGGCUGUCCAGAAUCCAGUGACCAUCCCUUCAACUUGUAGUUACUCCAAUGGUCUCCAGAUGCUGCUGAGCUCCAUAAUGGUUUCGAAUCCCCAGGAGCGACCGGGCAUCGGCUGGGUCCUCGAUCAGGUACAGGACCUGCAGAGCCGCAGUCCAAACACUCAGACCAACAUGGUUUGAUUCCUUCAUGUUGCGCCAUGGACACUUCGCCACGUCGGUGUACCUUCGCUUAGUUCCAGGUUGAAAUCUCACCUUUUAUUUGUUCUUUUAAAGUGUAAAAUGUUUCUGGGUUGUUUUUUAUUGUGACAGUUGCUAUCUAAUUAAUUGCUUAAUCCUUUUAAAGCAAAAUUAAAGAAAUGCCUUAAAUUGUUUCACACUCUGAAGUGCAAUGCAUUACCAUGUCGUUGGUAUUAGGAUAAUUUCACUUUAUUUCUUUCUUAAUAGUUGUUAAAGGGGAUGAAUAGUUCAGGUUUUUCUUUAAAUGAUCGGCAUUUUAUUUUAGCUCUUGAAUAGAUCUGGGAAAAAGGUGCUAGCUGGGUUUACCAGAAAGCAGACAAAUCAUUCAUCAUAUUAUAUCUUGUUGGCUUUAUCUGUUCUGAAUAAAAUUAAUCAAAACAUACAUUACGUAUAAAGGUACAUUAUGAGUAAAUGACUUGUGGAUUUAGUUAGUUACACCUUAAAGGUGUCAGCUCUGUCCUCCUUUUUCCAAAGCUGGUCUGGGACAAAUAGCCAAUGGUGUAUAUUUAGUACCUGCAGCUUCCUGACCUGCUUCAGUAAGCAAUAUAUUGUAACAUUUGGGCAAAGUAAUGCAGUGACUGCUUUGCCAUUGAAGCCGAAAUCAGCUUCCAGCUGAUUGCACUAAUAGACGGCCUAAAUUUGUUUCCUUUGACACACAUAAGGCACGGUUGCUGUAGAGACCCAGCUUUGUGAAGUUUGAAUGCCUAAUAUUUAGCUUGAAAUAUGUAUUUUAACAAAGAAAAUGAUUUUAUGUCUGUUAACGGGGAAAAAAAAUGAAGCAAGCGUUGUUUUCUUGUUGGACCUAGUUAUAGUUUUUAUGAAUAUUGUCAUUAUUAUAGUCAGACUUUAAUGAAAUUGAAACUUUCCAGUGAAUGAAUGUUGCUUGAAUUUAGCAUGUUGGGUUACAUUCUCCCUGAAAAAGGAUUAAUGAUUAUUUAUUAUUCCUCAGUUUCGGUCCAACAUCUGUUUUUAAAAUGUCAGCUGUUAUUUUUAGACAACAGCUUCACCUUUUCUCUUUCUAAUCGCAAUCUUUUAGUUCCAAUUGGAGUCACCAGUGCAGUAUGUGUCUACAUGGUGCUGUGAUUAUUCAUCUGUGCGUACUGACACUUUAUUUACAAUUCCAGAUUCAGCGUCUUGCAUCACAAGUAGGUAAAAAAAUAAAUCUUAUGAUUAGACAAAGGUUGUAUAAUCAAGAAAACGGCUUUUUAGAUUCAGUAAUCCUAUAGAAAAACAUCUAUUGACAGACGGGGGACGGAUUAUGCUACUGCAGGAUAACACUUUUCUUAUCCUGUAAUUUUUAUGUUUAUAAUGGUGUUUUAAUCAAAUUUGUAUUUUGCAUUCCACAAUUACUUGUGUUUAGUUUUGAUUUUCUGACACGCUUGAGUGCGUGUGUGUGUUUCACACUUUACUUUUCUCAGGGUAUGCUUACAUAACAAGAUCCACACUAGAGGAUUACCAAGGUACCUGGAAAAACAAAUGUUUUUGGCAUUCAUGAUUAAUUUAUUGCUUUUGUGACUGUAACACAGUAAUAUUUCGACCAUGAAGAGUCAAUUUGGCUUUGUUAUUGGACUUGUACAGUUGGAGUUUAUUUGACUUUUUGGUGUAAAAACAUUUUCUUUUGAUGCAACGGUUGGUUUCAAGCAAUGACUGUAAGGUCUUGUGUUUUUGCAAACUAAAUCCUACUUUAAUGCUGCUGGUAAGACAGUGCAACGAUGUGAGUCAGUCGUUAUUAAAGGUUAUUUAUCAUUACUGGAAAUUGGUAAAAACAUCUCAUAUUUUCCGCACUGCAAUGAGUGUAUAAAUGUUAAAUAUGUAGCAUUCUAUAUUCCGUAUACUUUUUAAUAAUUAUGAAAUAAAACUACUUCCUGUAA